AUGGAUGUUGAAAUCCCUCCAACACCAGCCCUGAGACUACCCCAGCUAGCUCAGGAAGGGAGACUGUUGAGCAGCGGGGUGGACGGAACAGGGAUUGAGCCCAGCAGGGCCACGUUGAACAUGCUUCUUCAGAUUGUCCUCCUCUCAUUGGCUGCUGUGCCGCAGGAAUCUCUUGGCCAGCAACGCUCAAGUGUACUGGGUGAAAUCUCUGAAGAGGAUAAGAAGGCAAUUGUUGACAAACACAACAUGAUCAGAAGAGAGGUAGAGCCGACCGCCAAGAAUAUGCUGAAAAUGAAAUGGAGUGACGACGCUACCAAGACUGCUGAAAAUUGGGUCGUUCAAUGUUCAGGAGAAGCCAGCCCGCAAGGAGCACGAACGGUGGACGGAAGGGUGUGUGGUGAGUCUAUACUGAGAGCAAAUUAUCCCAGCUCUUGGACAGAUACUGUUAAUGUUUUUGCAAGUACAAAGCCUUAUUUCAAGUACGGCGUUGGAACAACUGAUGAAACGAAAGACAUUCUGAGUUAUACCCAGAUUAUUUGGCAUCAUUCAAACCAGAUCGGAUGUGCACAUGCCUUCUGUGUAAACAGUGCCCACAAUUUCCAUUAUGUCUGCCAUUACUGCCCAGGAGGAAACAUAAAAGGAAAAUUGAGCACACCUUACCAGGAAGGUCCAUCAUGUGGAGACUGUGCUAACAGCUGUGAGGAUAAACUGUGCAAUUAUGACUGCAAGUAUAUUGAUGAUGAUUAUUGUGAGAUACUGCUGAAGAGUUUCAAAUGUAACAAGAAGUUUGUGCAACAAAAAUGUCCAGCCUCCUGUAAUUGCCCAAAAUCAGGUCUAUAA